GUGUCGUCCCAAUCCUGGUCAACUGCUGUUCAGCUGUUAAGGCACGAGCACGGCACAGUGGCUCGGGCUGUGUUGCUGCAAAGCUGCGAGGUCUCCUGUGCCUGGGCUCUGGUUCUGCCGCUGCUGGCUGCGGCACAGGCUUCGGCUGUGGCCGCCACCACGGCCAUGGCUGCAUUGCCCUGGGCACCUGCUCUCGCGGCGUUCCGAAACCUGCAGCGCGAGCAGGUCACAGCCGGGGCAUUGCUGUACACCGCGCUGGCGUCUUCUAGCCCCGCUCGUUGGGCGUACCUGCUUCUCCAGGAGAUGCGGAGCCGGGCCCUGGAGCCCAACUUGGUCGUUUUGGCAGCGGCUGCCGCGAUUCCUUCAGGCUCAGCUGACGGACACGACCUGCAGGGCACCCAGGAAUCAAAGCUGUCAGGGUAUGGGGUCGCCUGUCGUGCGAUGUGGUAG